GGUUAAAGAACUUUUUUCUUCUUUGGGAGUUGAGUAUAAUAUCUUGGAACUUGAUAAAGUGGAUGAUGGGGCCAGUGUUCAAGAAGUGCUGUCAGAGAUCACUAAUCAGAGAACUGUGCCCAGUAUUUUUGUGAAUAAAGUACAUAUGGGUGGAUAUGACCAAACUUUCCAGGCACAUCAGAGUGGUUUGUUACAGAAGCUUCUUCAGAGAGAUGCGGCAUAUGAUUAUGACCUCAUAGUCAUCGGUGGUGGUUCUGGUGGUCUUGCAUGUGCUCAGGAAGCUGCCAUUUUGGGAAAGAAAGUAAUGGUGCUAGAUUUUGUGGUCCCGUCACCUCAGGGUACAUCCUGGGGUCUUGGCGGUACUUGUGUAAAUGUAGGUUGUGUUCCUAAGAAACUGAUGCAUCAAGCUGCCCUUUUGGGGCAGGCAUUAAGUGACUCAAGGAAAUUUGGCUGGGAGUAUAAUCAACAAGUGAAGCACAACUGGGAGACCAUGGCAGAAGCUAUUCAAAACCACAUUGGCUCUCUAAAUUGGAGCUAUGGGAUGUCUUUGAGGGAGAAGGCUGUGGCCUAUGUAAAUUCCUAUGGAGAAUUUGUUGAACACCAUAAAAUAAAGGCAACCAAUAGAAAAGGACAGGAGACUUAUUAUACUGCUGAAAAAUUUGUCAUAGCAACAGGUGAAAGGCCACGGUAUUUAGGAAUCCAAGGCGAUAAAGAACACUGUAUUACUAGUGAUGACCUUUUUUCUCUGCCUUACUGCCCUGGCAAAACAUUAGUAGUCGGGGCAUCCUAUGUGGCUCUGGAAUGUGCAGGAUUUCUUGCUGGUAUUGGCUUAGAUGUCACAGUUAUGGUGCGGUCAAUCCUUCUUCGUGGCUUUGAUCAAGAAAUGGCAGAGAAAGUGGGUUCCUAUAUGGAACAACAUGGUGUUAAGUUCUUAAGAAAAUUUAUACCUGUGAUGAUUCAACAGUUGGAGAAAGGUUUACCUGGAAAGCUGAAAGUAGUGGCUAAAUCCACGGAAGGACCAGAAACUAUUGAAGGAGUGUAUAACACAGUUUUGUUAGCAAUUGGUCGUGAUUCCUCUACAAGGAAAAUAGGCUUGGAGAAGAUUGGUGUCAAAAUCAAUGAGAAGACUGGCAAGAUACCAGUAAAUGACAUGGAACAGACCAAUGUGCCCUAUGUUUACGCUGUUGGGGAUGUUCUGGAAGGUAAACUUGAGCUCACUCCUGUCGCCAUACAGGCAGGCAAGCUGUUGGCUCGAAGACUUUUUGGGGGUCGUUUAGAAAAGUGUGAUUAUGUUAAUGUUCCAACUACAGUGUUUACUCCCCUGGAAUAUGGCUGCUGUGGAUUAUCUGAAGAGAAAGCUAUUGAAAUAUAUAAAAAAGAGAAUUUAGAAGUAUAUCAUACUUUGUUCUGGCCUCUUGAGUGGACAGUAGCCGGCAGAGACAACAAUACUUGUUAUGCAAAGAUAAUUUGCAAUAAAUUGGACAAUAACCGGGUGAUAGGAUUUCACAUUCUUGGGCCGAAUGCCGGUGAGGUUACUCAAGGAUUUGCAGCUGCAAUGAAAUGUGGGCUCACGAAGCAGCUACUUGAUGGCACCAUUGGAAUUCACCCUACAUGUGGUGAGGUAUUCACCACUUUGGAAAUAACAAAGUCAUCGGGACUUGACUUCUCCCAGAAAGGCUGCUGAGGCUAGACCCGCUGCUAUCUAGUCUCCCUUGUCUACUCCCAUUUCUUUCAAAGAUAACGCUCUCAGAUGAAGUGCGUGGGGCCCAGUGCAGGGCUUUCUUCACAGCACGCAGAUGAGAACAUAGACAAGGAGACGGGCAGCAGCGGGUGUCUGCUCAGCAGUCUCAGCUGACUGGUAGAGGCGGUUACACUGCUUCCUUGACGUCUUAGCUCGGAACCUCCAUGUGAAGUGAGCUAAGACCGAUGCUCUUUCAAGUCAGAGCUGAGCUUUUAAUCACAUAACUAAUCUAAAUCAAUUUUUCUGGUUGCAAGGGUUUUUAUCUCCUUGCUUUUGUUGUUUCUAUGAAAAUAUUUUCUCAGUUAUGAAACUAUAAAAUGGUGAUCUUCCAGUGGCGUGGAA